UCUUAAAAUCCGAUAUCAACCGGAAGGGAGAGAGGAAGAGGCGAACUGGCGAAGAGAGUGGCGAGUCUGCUACGGGACGGAGGAGAUCGCCGCCGGCUAUUUCGAAGACCUCGGCCGCCUUAUCUUCUGGAGUGCUUCACGUCAGAUUGUGAGAAACUUGUGUUGGAAAUACACUAGAUGAUCCUACCGGUAGGAAAGCUCUGAGGCAGUGUUAUCCACCAUCAUGAAGGUUGUGAUUUCUGUCAUUAAUUGUGUUACUAUUCCAUUUGAUUAUGGUCAUCCUGGCAUUGGUCUUGGGCACAAUAGCUUCCCUUCAUACAAGAUUGGGCACACAACAAAGUGGAGAAGGGUUGAUUCAAAGACACGGGCACUUCGAAUCUCAUUUGCACAUUCUUGCCUUGAAGUAAGAAGGGUCAACUAUCGGCCACCUGGGACACAACAGAAUCUCUUGGAUGAAGUUAGUUUUUCUCUUCCAGAGAAAAGCUUUGGUUUGAUAUUUGGACGAAGUGGAAGUGGAAAAACUACUCUCUUACAUCUUUUAGCUGGACUUUCAAAACCCACAUCUGGUUCCAUAACCAUUCAGAGAUAUGGAAACGAUGGUAAUCCAAGUCAAUCAUCAGAACCAUUAGCACCAGAAAGUGUUGGUAUGGUAUUUCAGUUUCCUGAGAGGUAUUUUUUGGCCAAUACUAUUCUCGAGGAAAUGACCUUUGGCUGGCCAAGGCAGAAGGCAGAUUUUGCGUUGAGAGAACGGCUCGCUUUAAAACUACAGUAUGCAAUUAACUCGGUUGGCUUGAAUAAUAUAUCUUUGGAUGAAGACCCUCAUUCUCUGAGUGGUGGCUAUAAGCGACGCCUUGCUUUAGCAAUUCAAUUAGUUCAAACCCCACAACUUUUGCUACUAGAUGAGCCACUUGCAGGUCUUGAUUGGAAAGCUCGUGCUGAUGUUGUGAAGUUGCUAAAGCAUUUAAAGAAGGAAUUGACCAUACUGGUUGUUAGCCAUGACCUAAGAGAACUUUCAUCUCUAGUGGAUAGAUCAUGGAGGAUGCAAAUGGGAGGAAUUCUCAAGGAAGAAGCCCUUCCUCUUUAACUCUCACUUUCAGUUAAGGUGAAUUUGCCACUUGUAUAUUGAAUAUGUUAUAUUACAAGUGAUUAGCAAUUUGUCACCAUAUAUUUUUUGUCUCGCUAUUUUUCCAGUGUAAUUCCCGCACAAGGGGCGAUAUUCCA